CAAUUAAUUAUUUUGGCACGCUAUAUAUUGUGUAGACAAGAAUCUAUUCCGGAUCUUUUUCUGCAUGUCUUAUACCGGUGUCCUGAAACGAUGCUGCGGUCGAAUAACAUGAUGAUGAUGCCUCGUUAAGGGUUUAUUUUUGGCUUAUCAGACUCUGCAUCGGAUAAACGACUUGGGGAGUUUUCAGCCCCGGGCGUACACAGAUCAAAAGCCGUUUCCCAGGCCGUGGAAAGACAUGGAGAUUAAGGGAGAGAGAGGAUAGAGAGAGCUGAAGCUCCUCUCCCAUCAGAUAAUACCGCUGCCUCGGGCCGGGAUGCAGAAAACACACCGAGUUUCAAAAUCGCAGGAUGUGUGAAUAAACGCCAGCCAUUUAAAGCACGUAAACAUUCGGAUAACCGAUACUGAAUACUGAUCAGGCCUGUUAAGGAAUCAGAACAGAGGAGGGCGGCAUUUUAGACGCGUCAAUCUCAUCCUUGUGAGGAAGAAAGGCCUCAUGGGACGCCAUGCAGGGUUAAAAUGUUUUUGCACACUCAUGAGUUACCACAACCAGAAGUUUUCAACCACGGACACAAACAGAUCGUGUGCAGUUGUGAUGGUGGACACGUACUCUGGCAUGGGCGUACAUUUUUCACACAUGGACGUCUGAAACACAAGUUAUCAUGUGGAUAUCUGUAUUGCAAGAUUCAUGUGACUUUGUGAACCGUGUUUUUCUGCCAGUUUGUCUCUCAUCAAAGUGUGAGCGUAGAUCACCUCAGAGUGGAGAAUGAGCUCUCAUUUAGGACACAAGGACAUCAAGAGCUCCGUUUCAUAUUUUGUACUCGUAAUUACGAUCUUUUCUUAGACUGACUGUUCCGGAGGGAAUCCAGACUCCACUGAGACUGUAGAACGAGAGUCGUAUAGUUUGUCUUGUAGUUUAUUUUUUCCCUUAUACUUUUUGUUUCACCUCCCAUCAAAACAGAUUUUUUUUUUCUUUUUCUUUCUGUAGUCUGACGUCAUGCUCGCAUGCACUCAUCUGCUGUGAUGCUUUGAGAGAUUGGAGACCGGUCUCUGAGCGAGUACUGUGUGAAUGCCUCAACUCAAGUUGCUGCUUCCUUUGAGUUCUUUCUGAUCUAACAUGGGGCUUCCCGGAGAUUUGCACUAAAAGAGCUUUGCUGGCACUUGAUUUUCCUUUUAUUGACCAAAUCUUGUUACAUUCAAGCCAUAUGAACUUAUUUUUAAUCAAACUAGAGAUAUUUUUGUAUUACAGUAAAGUCAUAGAAUCGCGUAUUAUGUGUAUCUAUUUAGUCAUAUAUUUUUAUGUAUCAGCACAGACGUAUACGAAAAGACAUCUGCACUAUUGUAUGUUAACGUUUGUUUUUUGGAAAGAAUUGCACCUUGAUUUAUGAGAACAUAAUCUGUUUCACUAAAUCCAUGGCUACACACCAUCCUCACUCAGGUGGGAGACGACUUUCCUUCGCUCUCUGACGCCUCCCCCUGGUCCCCAGUUUUUUUUUUGACGCCUCCAAAUGCCUGUGGGUCUCAGUGUGGACGGGGCUCUGGGAUACCCCUCCCCAUCCCGCCCGUUCCGCCCCAGUCGCUAUGUGCCUGUGUCCGCAGCAACCGCCUUCCUUGUGGGGGCCUCGACGCUGUUUCUUUGUUUCACAUGUCCGUGGCUGGCAGAGCGGUUCUCCUCCUCCAUUCCGCUCUAUAAUGUUGUGGUCUUCCUCUUUACACUGGCCAAUUUCUGUAUGGCCACAUUCAUGGACCCCGGUAUCUUUCCUAGAGCUGAAGAAGAUGAGGACAAAGAGGAUGAUUUCCGGGCUCCGCUUUAUAAGACGGUGGAGGUGAGGGGCAUUCAGGUGCGGAUGAAGUGGUGCUCUACAUGUCGCUUUUACAGACCACCGCGCUGUUCACACUGCUCCGUGUGUGACAACUGUGUGGAGGAGUUUGACCACCACUGCCCAUGGGUGAAUAACUGCAUUGGCAGAAGGAAUUAUCGUUAUUUCUUUCUGUUCCUGCUCUCGCUCACUACUCACAUUAUGAAUGUGUUUGGCUUCAGUCUGCUGUACAUCCUCCAUCACACUAAACAUCUGGACCAGGUGGACUCUGGAGUCACUAUGGCGGUGAUGUGUGUGUCUGGUCUGUUUUUCGUCCCGGUUGCGGGACUCACUGGGUUCCACAUUGUGCUUGUUGCCAGAGGGAGAACAACCAACGAACAGGUCACUGGGAAGUUCAGGGGUGGCGUUAACCCCUUCACACACGGGUGCUUAAAAAACAUUGCACACGUGCUGUGUGGUUCACAGGCUCCCAGGUAUCUUGGUCGCUUGCGAAAGCCUCAUUCUGUUGAGGUCCAGCCACCAUUUCUGCGGCCCCCUCUGUCAGAAGCCCAACUAGAAGCUAAAGCUGUGGAUAAUGGCAUCCAACAGUCUAAAAGUAGUUUGGAGAUAAUGGAGAGUCAGUCCACUGAUGCUGAUCCCCCUCCACCACCUAAACCAGAGCACAGAUACCCUGGGAUGCCUCACACACAAAAUGAAGCUUUCUUCCAAUCAGAGUGCAGCUUGCUGACCGAGGCUCCACCCACACCUUCAUUGUAUAAAUACAGGCCGUCCUACAGCAGUCCAGGAAAAAACCACACGGCCUCAACACAUUCCAGCAAGAUGAGUCGAGGGAACAGUAUGACCGAGUCUCCCUCUGUCCCCGUCACCACUGGGCAGCCCAGCUACCGCUCAGACCCCAGUUUGUCAAGCCGAGGGGGUGCAGGGUGCCGUGGGGGAGGGGAGGGAGGUAAAGCAGGCUCGGGGGGCCUGGGUGGGGCCUCUACAUUCGGUGGGCGAUCCUACCCAUCUUUUACCGACACCCUACUCCAAUCAGCAGCAGCCUCUUGCUCCUCAAGCCUUCGCUCCGCCCAUACGGCCCACAAUGCCCUCGGGCCUCUCAUCUCUGAGGGUACGACCUCCACUAGCUACAAGAGUUUAGCCAAUCAGACACGCAACGGCAGCUUGUCAUACGAAAGUCUGCUGACACACUCCGAAAGCCCGGAGUUUGAGUCUGCUGCUCACGAGUUGUCCCCGCCCAGACCACACCCUCCGCACUCUCUUAGCACAGCAGCGGGGGCCCCGCCUAUUUCAGGGUACACGUCCCCUUUCCUGUCAGCUCAGCAGAGGGAGGGCUCUCUCCAGGCCUGCCCUGCCCCCCUAAGACCCUCCCCCAACAGAGCUUUCCUGCGCCCAACAAGCUCACCCCCUUCUCGGGCUCCGCCCCUUUCUCCUCGGGCUCGCUCAUUGGGCUCCCCUCCUCCUGGCCCCGCCCCUGGCCAUACACCUUUGGGCAAAUCAUUGUCCUAUGCAGGUGGCGCCGAAUUACAGCACCGCCCCUCUAGCUCAGGGGGCGGGACUCCGAUGCAGAAUAACACUGUCUCUUUCUUCCUGCAACCCAUGGCCACUCUGCUGUCCCUUGAAUUUCUGUACACACCCUCCAUCUUUCUGUUCUUUUUCCUUCUCUGUUCUCUUUCUUUACGUUCAUCUGCUUUCUUCUGCCCUCCCCUCCUCCUGCCUUGUGGCCAUAAGGAUGACUCUGUCUCUGUGCUAAGCUCGACUAUUAAACAAAAUGUGGCCAAUCAUAACACCCCCUCACACAAACCUGUAGGAGGGGUGAAGAAAGUGACUGGUGUUGGAGGAACGACCUAUGGGAUUUCAGUGUGACUGACAAAAGAGAAUCAGGAUUCAUUCUGCAGUUUUUGCCCUUUUGAGCUUCAGCCAGACGGAUGUAAAGCUGCUCAACCAAACAUGCAAAAAAGACUACAAGAAGAAAUCGUGUUUCCCAGUCAAGCUUCAUCAGUCACUAAGAAGGACGUACACUGAGAACAUGGACCAGUGAAGACAAAUCUUCUUUUAUCAGUUUUCUGAAUAUCGAUAUGGUACACAAAUCCUUAAGACUUUCUUAGUUAUUUAAAGAAUCAUUUGGUACUUCAAUGUAUUCCCUUCCGAUUUAUAUGCAUGACUGUCCAAUGAUCAAUGACCAUUCAGCCUUAGCAGGCGGGACCAUGUGAGACACACUGAUGCCUAGUUCAGAAUAACGUCAACAGAAACCACAAGCCUCUCAGCUGUCAGCCAAUAAGUAUUUGAAAAUAUGACUACAUGAAUCACUGUUCAGUCUUGCAUAUUCCAUAGCACGCUUUUUCAAACCCCUAAAGAGACCGUUCAACAAAAAUGAAAAUUCUGUCAUCGUUUUCCAAACCCAUAUUACUGACUAGAUUUUUUAAUGAAUGUUAAUGCUGCUCUUUUACAGACAAUUGUGUCCACAUACUUUCCUGCUCCAAAAAAAGGCCAUAAAUCUGGUCAAUAGAACUUCGAAAGUCUUCUAAAACAGUGGUUCUCAACCACUUUGGGGAAACAUGACUUAAAAUGAUUUAAAAUAAGAAAAUAAAAUGUUGUAAAGUCAUAUGACAGCUGAUAGAUGCAAAAUGCAACAGUUGUUGUGACAAGUUUGAAAACGUUCAUGUGUGCUGCUGAUCACAUAACUUUCAUUUUUGGGUGAACGUUUUCUUCUUUUUUGCUAUUAUUAUUUUAUACAGGUACAGAUAUAUAAGUAUUAAGUUUGAUAAAGAAGAUAAUAUUAAGAUGCAGGCAUAUAUGAUGUUUGUUUUAGGUUGGAUAGUGUUUGUCAGAUUUAUAUGGCUGCAUCAGCCAGAUGAAGUUGUCAGCCAAAGAAACUCGGUCUGUUUGACAGAUAGCACACUCGUCAAGUAGGAGUGAAUGUGUCUAAAGACACAAGUUACUAGAGCACAAAAUAUUAAGCGAAAGAUUAUUUACAUUAAGUACUGAAUAUAUUGUAUGCAAAUUGUAACAAUGUGUCGGCGUGUCCACCAAUCAAGAGCCACACCCUCUUGACAAAUGGUCAGCCAAUCACAAGAGAGUUUAUUUAUUUAGCCAGUGCAAGUACAUGCUGGAUUCACCAUCAUAUAGAUGGGGACAUCGAUUUUAAAAAUUGUCUUUUGUUUUAACUUUUUUUUUUUUUUUUUUUACUGGACAUUGGUUCAAAUAAACAGCCAGAGUACAGUGAUUGUCUCCUCAUAGAUAUAUAAGUUUGAUUGUAUUUUUCAAUGUGAGAGAAUGAGUAUGACAUUUUAUUUGAACUUACCUGACUUUUGUACAAGAGCACAUUCCAACUAUCUGCUUGGUUCAGAUCAGAGGUCGUUCACGUCUUUUGUCUGCUUUUUGAGAUCUGAGGACCAGUCAGUGUAAGAUAAACGUUUUUUUUAUUAUUUUAUUUUAUAUCUUUCAUCAUUUCCACCAUGGCCUUAUGAUGCCUUUUAACUGUUUUCAAGGGUGUUUCAGUCUGCAUAGUUGCUCCUACAGAUGACAGAUAGAGGAUUGUUGUGUUGGGUAAGAAUGCAGACUCGUUUAACCCUUCUGUAUUCCUUUAAUGCCGCUGACUCUGAGUCAAAUGAGCAACACGUUUUCAACAGAACAAUAAACAACAGAAUGAACAUGA